AUGACCAACACCACCAACAAGACAGACAUGGAUUUGGAGACGGAAGACGGCUAUGCCGCUCUCCUGGAACGGUUGAAAGCUGACUUGAUCAAAGCAGAACCAAGCAAAGGUCAACUUGUAACUGACUACCCAGAUCCUGAAGCUCUUGCCGAGGCAUUCCGACAGGAAGCUACGAAAAGCAAAGGCACGAAAGAGGAGAAACCCGCCUACGUCACUCCGAUCCCAGAUCUCUACGAGCCAUGCCUAAUCCCCGAGAAGGACCUUGUACUGAUGUCCAUCUCUGACAUGAGACUCCAAACUCAUCACUGCGGUAAGAAGGUCUUGCUUCGGGUGAAGACCGCACCCGCUCGGGCCGCAGCUAUCAUGACCAUCGUGGAAGAUGGAGAAGGAACGGCAGUCCUACUAUCGCUUUACCAUCAGCUCCAUGUUGACUUGUUGACCAUCAGACAUCCUGCUCAAGGCUCCAUAGCCAUCCUUAAAGAUCCCUUCUUCGAGACAAUAGCCGAAGAGGCUUACGCCCUGCAAGUCUACCACCCAAGCGACAUCAUCUGGCUGGAAGACCACGACGAGAGAAUCCCCGAGCAGUGGAGAGUCAACAGAGAGACCAUGAACAGCGCAGAGUAUCGGGCCGAGGGAGAAGAGCUCGCGAACAAGGAGCACUGGCUGCCCGCACUACACUCUUACAACUUGGCUAUUGAUACAGCAGUGUCACCAGAUGAGAAGCGGCAAGCACAUCUCGGCCGUUCCGAAGUCAAUCUCCGACUGGAUCGCCCUUAUCAGGCGAUGCGAGACGCUAUCGAAGGAGAUCACCCUACAGAUUGUACCGAGGAGUCCUUAAUUCUUCAAGCUCGCGCAUUCUACACCCUUGGAGAUUUCGAGGAGUGCCUACAGAAGCUUCGGGUUCUCACAGUGUUGUUUCCCAAGAGCGUGCUUGGUUUGAGCCUGAAGUCAACCGUCUCUAAAAGACUCAAGGAGCAGUAUGAUGGCGAGUAUGCAUUUGAAGACAUGCUUGUUGAAGCUCAAGAGAGACCUCCACUGAUUGACUGCGCCACCUUCUCCUCUCUUGUCGAGAUCCGCGACGCCCCUGGCCGAGGCAAGGGGCUCUUCCUUACCAAAGACGUAUCUGCUGGGGACUUGAUACUCUGCGAAAAGGCGUUCUCAUACUGUUUUAUGGAUAAAGAGAGUCAUAAGACAUAUCCCGUCUUAGCGAACGUGCCCCGUGAAGAAGCGAAAGGUGGUGGCGUUGUUCUCUUGUGGGCACAAGUUACCGAGAAGUUGUAUCACAACCCAGAACACAUUUAUACCGUCCAAGAACUCUUCCACGGCGACCACAAGAAGCUCCAUAUCACUGAAUGUGACGAAUGUCCUGUUGUUGACGGCCUUAUGGUAGAAAGAAUCAUUCACUACAACGCAGUGAACACCCCGAAGACUACAAGCAAUGACUUCGAAACCAGAGUUUUUAUCAAGAAAGAGACCGCCCUAGUGAUCGAGAACAUGGACUCCACGUACUCGACCUCUGGGAUCUGGCUCCUCGCUUCCCGAAUCAACCACAGCUGUGUCAGCAACUGUCGGCGUUCCUUUAUUGGCGACAUGCAAAUCAUCCGAGCUACGCAAGACAUGUCCGCCGGGACGGAGCUGCUUCUCUCCUAUUGUACUCCCAUCACCUUUGAGUCCUACGAGGAAGUACAGAAGCGCCUGUCAACUUGGGGUUUCAAGUGUACGUGCGAUAUAUGCAAGACCAGAAGCAAGGAGAACAAAGCUACCCUGGAAAAGCGACGCAAGAUCUAUAAUGAGGCUUUAGAGCUUCUGAAGACUCAAGUGCUUCAAUUCAACUUUGCCAAAGCCAGAACACUCCUGAAACAACUGGAGAAUACCUACAAGGGAAAGUCUGCCAACAAAGUUCGACUAGAGCUUGCAGAAAUUUGCUUUGCGAUGGGCGACCACUACACGAAGUCGGUAAUGCCCGCUGAUUUUGUCAAGAUGAGCGUGAAGUCGCUCGAGUCACUUGGCUUCAUCAUUGUCGCGUAUAUUCCUGGCCAAAAGCCUGACGACUAUCGAUUCGAAGUGAAGAAAUGGGGCAUAUCGACCAACUAUGUUGUUUACUUGUUCCUUAAUCUGGCACAUAUGUACGGUAUAGUAUCUCGACAGCUCUCCAUAAAGGUUUUCAACUACGCCAUAAUCUCGUACAGAAUGCUUGUUGGCGAAGUGGUCUCGAUGCCACGGCUGCUCCCGGACGCCGCUGAGCACUUCAAUUCUAUUGUUCACACUGCAAUGAGUAUCCGGAGUUGA